AGUAACCACUGAUGACGACAGCGCGUAAAUCAGCAGCUGGAAACGAGAGGCACUCUGGCUGCGCCGUUUGAACGGUGGACACAGGUGCCUCCCGACACAACCUCACCAGCUCCACAUCCAAGAGACUGGAAAGCGUCUGCACACGUUCUCAGUUGGAUGGUGGUUUUUUUUUUUUAAAGAAAAAAGAAAAAAAGCAUGAGCCGAAUGCUGUACUGUUCUCGCGUCGUUCCAGCCUGGUGAACUUUACAAGCUAAUGAGUCAAAUUUGAACACUUAAAAGUGCCAAAAGAGGCAGAACAAUGAAUUCACUGGAGAUGUCUACGACGUAUCAGAGCUCCCCAGCGCCUAACCAAAGCUACCUUCCAACUGCCACCUACGACACGCCAGACCCCUCCGGGAUGGAGAGGCAAAUCCGCCUGCUGCUUUUCGGUUUGUGCGUAACCAUCGCCGCUGUAACGUUAGUUGGAGGUGUGUAUUCGCUGCUGUCUGUCCUCCGGAUGAGGAAAAAAACCUCCCUGUGUGUCAUUGUGGCUUCCAUGUCGGUGGACGACCUGCUCAGUUUGGUCCCACUCGCUUUAUUCAUGCUCCUUCAGUGGGAAGCAAAUGGAGGUGAAGGGUCGGGCAGCCUGUGCACUUUAUCUGGACUUCUGUACGUGUUCCAAGGUGUUUCGAGCAAUAUGAAGGCUUGCCUUAUAGCAGCCUACACUUUUUAUGUCACCAAGAGAUUCGGAGUGCUUCAGUCUGUGCGCCGGCCACUGAGAGUAAUGUGGGCUAUUGCCGGUGUGUGGGCGGUCAGCCUGGCCGUCAGUGUCCUACCUUUAUGCGGAUGGGGAAGCUUUACGCCGGCCUCUCUCGGGUGUUUCCCAGAGAGUGACAGUUUUUACAUUUUGCUGCUCUUCUCUUUAUAUUUUCUGUGUUUUUGCGGCUUGUUAUUUUUCUUUAUCCCCCUCACUUACCAGCUGCUGUGCUCCAGGGAGCCCCAAAGGACUUUAUUGUACCCCAGCUAUCUAGAAAUGGCAAGAGGACUGAGCGGGACCACUCCUCUCUGUGAUCUGCAGUCCUUUUCCCGGGACAGCCUGGAUAAAAGUUUCGGGGCGUACAACGAACUGAGUCCAAGUCCGUGCGGGACAGAGAUCAGGGAGAAAGAGGACAGCAGUUUGUCCCCAGUGUCUGCCAGUGAUCAAAGGACAGCUACUGUCGGGGAUUCGCCUGUGGUGUUUGCACAAAAGCGCUUCUCCAUGAUCCUGGCGGUUGUCAGAGUUGUUUUAUGGAUGCCAAUGAUGACUUUGGUACUAGUGCGCCACGCAAUCAGUGCACGCAGCUCCUCCCUGGAGACUUUGAGCUUCUUUCUCACUCUGCUGGCGCCUGCGGUCACUCCGUUAUUCAUGCUUUCUGAGCGCUGGAUCCACAUGCCAUGUGGCUGCUUCAUUAACUGCAAACGGGAACCAACACCAGAACCCUCAGUGAUGAAAAGAAGAUUUAAGUUCAACCUUUCCUUCCAACAAGGCUACGGAGUGUAUAAGUUGUCACAUGCCACCAUGUCACAUAACAGUCCUCCCAUUGAGAAGCCUGCUUAUCACAGCCUUUUUAACUGUGACUUCCCUAAUGCCCGUCAUGAUGCGCUUCAAAGUGGUGCGCUCUCUAGGCUGGGGCCCAAUUUUGAUUUCAGCACCACGUGCCCAGUGGACAGCUCCUCUCAUGCAGAUCUUCUAUUGGAAGCAGUGGCUGGUGGCGGGGAGGCACUGGCUGAUUGUGCUCCACUUCCCCAUGAGAACCAUGGGAAUGAUGAGAAAUUCUGCUGUGUCCCUUCAUUGGCUUCUCAUCACCGGGAACAGGAUCAUAGUCUCACUGACACGUCAUCAGUGUUUGAGGGGCCUGAGAGGAGGCUUUCACAUGAGGAGUGUCGGAAAAUCGAGCUGACAGACUGGGAGUGGUGCAGGAGUAAAUCCGAGAGAACGCCCAGACAGCGAUCAUCAGGUGGUCUAUCAAUUCCCCUGUGUGCCUUUCAGGGAACUGUAUCUUUACAAGCACCUACAGGGAAGACGCUGUCUCUCUCCACCUACGAGGUCAGCAGUGAUGGUCGAAAGAUCUCCCCGAACAAUGCCAAAAAGGUGGAAGUUUAUCGUUCGAAGUCAGUUGGCCAUGAGCCCAGUGCAGACGAAACAGCAUCCAGAGGCCAGGGUGGAGAUGUGAACGCCAGCUGUGUAGGAAUGGGGAUGGAGAUUGGAAUGGAGAUGGGAAUUGGAGCUGGGGUUGGGGACACUAAUGUCAAGAUCCAUCUUGAAGUUUUGGAAAUUUGUGACAAUGAAGAGGCAAUGGACAGCGUCUCUAUCAUAUCUAACAUCAGUCAGUCCUCCACCCAUGCCCGCUCGCCAUCACUUCGUUACUCCCGAAGGGAGAACCGCUUUGUCUCCUGUGACCUGGGUGAGACUGCUUCUUACUCCCUGCUCAUCCCCAGCAGUGGCACCACAGAAGCAGAGACCAUAAAUAUCACUAUACCUGACACUGUGGAGGCUCAUCGGCAGAACAGCCGACGCCAGACACAGGAGAGCUCGGGGUAUCAUGAGGAGAUACAGCUGCUCAAUGAGGCCUAUAGAAAGCAAGCUGGGGAGAGGGAAGAGUGACAUACAUACAGAAUAAUAAUAGGGUGGCUCUCUGGUGGAGGUUGAAAAAGCACCUCAGACAGUAAAGGCUGUGAGACAAAUUUCCUAAUCAUUCCACAUUUACUUCUUUCUGAUCACCGCUCUAACAGAGUUGACAGGUGACCCAAAUAGAGGCUUAGCUGAAGACUGUAAUAGUCUGUUUGCCUACUCUUGUACUUCCUCUUUAGCUAAUAUCAGGAGAGCACAUUUACUGCCUAUAUGUAGAGUACACAGAGAUAUAUUACACUGUAAAAUGAUAUAUAUUGUAAAUCGAGUGGAAUACAGACCUAUGUCAAAUAGACAGUAGAAGAGAAUCAGUAUUUUAGUAGUGUAUCUGUAUUCUUGCUUUCACCAUAUGCCAGUUUGUUAUCACAGAAGAAGCAGGUAGAAGAAAAAAUCACAGAUGUAAAGGAGGAAAAAAGGACCAAGGUGUGAUCACGUGUCUGACAUGAAACAGCUCCAGUAGACUACGUCACUGGUGACUCAGCUGUGAGGCGAGGGGUCACCUGACCCAUGUGUCUGACUCAUCUGAGCAUGUGUUGUGCAUUUUAGUAUCUGUGCCCAUAGAGAUGAGGGUAUAUGUUUGAGAGCAUUGAUCUGUGAUGUCAGUUAACAAAAAUCUUCACAUGCUUACCGUGAAAAAAAAAUUGUGUUUAUUCUGCAUAUAUUUCUUCAAAUUGUGUUUCAUUUUCACCCAGCUGCAAUGUCUAAAAUGUCUAUCUGCUAUCUAAUUUGGGGCUGGGAGGGUAGGGUGGAUCCACCAUCACUGUUUAGGAUGUAAAACAAGAAGAAGUGAAGCAAACAUUUUUUUUUUGUUACUUCUUCAGAACAGUUUUCUGCCUUGCACAUGUUUAGUGCAAUUUAAAUGAGUGACUGUGCAUAUUUCACCACAGCAGGCAGCAUAUGAAUGUACAUUCCGAAACCACUUCGGGGGAUCAUCUGUCUGACCGCUCGGUUUGCUUCCCAUCCAAUCGGUGAGCCACAGGGACCUCUUACUUUCUAUCUAAUACUGUACAUGCAUAUAUUCAGGACUGGAGUAAAAUUUUCAUAGAUGGGACUGUGUAAAUCAGUAUUGUUUGACAGGGAUUAAGAAUGUCUUUCUGAAUCAUAUAAAUCUUCAUUCUCUCAGAUGACAUCAUUAUUUAUAUGCACAUAUACAUGUACUUGUGUGUAGAAAAAACAGUGAAACUGGUAUUGAAGACUAAUUUUAAAGUAUAUAUGUAUUUAUGUUUGUUUUAUGGUGAUGUCUUCUAUAUGUUAACUGUUUGGUUUUUUGAACUUCAACACAGCCUUGGCACAGCAAGGACUUCUUUUGCAAGCUUUUGAAUUGUUCUUUAGGGAGUCCCAGUCAUCAGCCUCAAUGUCUCCCAUCCUCCUGAAGACCGUUUUCAUUAAAGAUUCAUACAAGAAAAUUGCCUCCAACAGUACUGCGAUGCAUUCCUAGUUCAAGCGCUCCUAGGCAAAAUGAGAGUAAAUACUGUGCAGGCAUGUGAAUUGUGAUGAAUGCAACACUGUAUUUAAUAUCAACCAUGUCAACUGUUAAUGGUGCCAAAGGUUUUUAGCUGAGCAGUGUGCCAUCUUUCCAGCUUAACAGCGUGGAUGUGAUUCCAUUAUGUGCUUGUUCUCAUUGUUAAACUACAGCUCAGCUUCUGGUCCAGAAUUUUCAUAAAUUCAGCAAGUAAUUGUUAUUUGUCUUGUUAUUAAGAAUUCUGAGUUGCACAUCAGCUGCACCAGUAUUUGCAUGUUUAUUCAUUCAUGUCAACCAUCUGGAGCUAUUUGGUAACACACCGUUUGGAUUCAAAUGGAAUUAUUUACCACAAAUUAAAAGGCAAGUAAAGUGCAAUAGUUAGCUACUUUGGAGAGUGACCUAUAUAAUAUGUAACAUCAUUGGUUGCUGUGGCCCUAGG